GGGGAGGGUCCCAGGGGUCCGUAGUGGGACCCAGGGAGGGAGACGCGGGUUUCAGGCGUAUGGCCCUGGCGCCCCUCCCCUCGGAGCCCCUGGAAGCCGCGGUGUCCAAGCUUCCAGCCAAGGGUGGGAGGCCGGCUGAGCCCCCGAGGGGAGCGCGGGCGGGCGAAUCUCUUCUGGGCCUCGUCCCUCUCGAGCAAAGAUUCCCCAGCCUCCAUUCUUCCAAUCCCGGAGGCUCUGAACCAGGCGAGCUCUUUCCAGUCCUGUCAAAUCUCGGUUUCUCUUAAAAGAUUCUUGAUUCUUUCUUUUCCUCGGUUCCCUUUUGAGGAACUAAACUCUGUACUCAUAAACACCGAUGAGACCUGCAGAUCUCGGAAUUCUGCCUGAUGUGCAUUUGUUUCGGAUUGAAUAUAUCAUGAUCCGUAUUGCGUUGGGUGUAAUGACCAGAUUUUCACAGCAGUCAACACAGAUUUUGGGGUUUGGGUGUACUCUGAGACAAGGAAGUUCCCGAGGCUCCGAGUGUCUCAGCCUCUGCCCCAGUUAAAUCGUAUCAUGGCAGACAUCGCCCAGGAUAACAUAUUUUAAUGCCUCCCGGUCCAGACCCAGGUGAUGAAUUGAGGACUUUGGAACCAGAACCUGCAGAAGGACACAGAAUCAAGACUUAAGAAUCGUCUUUGUGUCCUUUCCUCCACCCGCUCCCCCCUUUCCCGAUGUGUUCUAAAGUUCUAGGUGAUUGUGGUUACUUUUGGAAAGUCCACCUUUGAGACUCCCCGUAGUAUGGAAUCCUGCAAGGAGCAGGUGUGUGUAGAAUGGAUACUGCUUCAGAUUAAACCUAAUAAGUUAUUGAUUGAAAAUUCAAGUCUACAACUUAGAGUUAAGAACGGGGAGUCGAUUAGUGAAUUGUGUGGAUGAUACUGAGUAGGGAGAGGCUUUUUGAGGGGGCUUCCUAACGGAAUGUCAACAUUUAAGGGCAGGCCAAAGGUCCUGUGAAGGAAACGGGGACCUAGUAAGCAGAGAGGGAAACUGGAGAGAAUGGUGUCAUGGAAACCAAGGGAGGAGAAAGUUUUAAGGAGAAAAUGCUACUGGUAAAUUAAGGGAAAAAAGUCGAGUAAACCCACCCCACCAUUGGUGUGUAUCCUGAGGAAAUACCCAGAAUCCAGCUACGAUGUUAUUUUGCGAUUGAACUAUUAACACUUUUUUUUUUUUUUUUUGCGGUACGUGGGCCUCUCACUGUUGUGGCCUCUCCCGCUGCAGAGCACAGGCUCCGGACGCGCAGGCUCAGCGGCCAUGACUCACGGGCCCAGCCGCUCCGCGGCAUGUGCGAUCUUCCCAGACCGGGGCACGAACCUGUGUCCCCCGCCUCGGCAGGUGGACUCUCAACCACUGCGCCACCAGGGAAGCCCAACACUUAUUUUUACCAGAGUUCAUACACGUUGUCAUUGUUAGCUGCUUUGGUAUGUUCCAAGGAUACUGGGAGUGUAUGGCAUGCAUCCUGACCAUCAGGAAGCUCUCAAAAAGAACCGAGUGGUGCUGGCCAAACAGCUGUUGCUGAGCGAACUGUUAGAACAUCUCCUGGAGAAGGACAUUAUCACCUUGGAAAUGAGGGAGCACAUUCAGGCCAAGGUGUGCAGUUUCAGCCAGAAUGUGGAACUCCUCAACUUGCUGCCCAAGAGGGGCCCCCAGGCUUUUGAUGCCUUCUGUGUGGCCCUGAGGGAGACCAAGCAGGGUCACCUGGAGGACCUGUUGCUCACAACCCUGGCUGGUCUUCAGCACAUACCCCCACCGGUAUGGAGCCCUAGACACGUGUUGCGCUGCGACUACCACUUGCGUCUCCCUUUCCCGGUGUGUGAGUCCUGCCCCCCCCGCAAGCAGCGCCGCCUGUCCCCAGAUACAGUGGAACACUCCCUAGACCAUGGAGAUGGGCCUCCCAGCCUUCAGGUGAAGUCUUGCACUCCUGAGUUUUAUCAAGCGCACUACCAGCUGGCCUAUAGGUUGCAGUCUCGGCCUCGUGGCCUGGCACUGGUGCUGAGCAACGUGCACUUCACUGGCGAGAAAGACUUGGAAUUCCGCUCUGGAGGGGAUGUGGACCACAGCACUCUAGUCACGCUCUUCAAGCUCUUGGGCUACAAAGUUCAUGUUCUUCUUGACCAGACUGCACAGGAAAUGCAAGAGAAGCUCCGGGAUUUUGCCCAGCUACCCGCUCACCGUGUCAUGGACUCCUGCAUAGUGGCACUUCUCUCCCACGGCAUGGAGGGCGGUGUCUAUGGCGUGGACGGCACGCUGCUUCAGCUACAAGAGGUUUUCCGGCUGUUUGACAAUGCCAACUGCCCGAGCCUACAGAACAAACCGAAAAUGUUCUUCAUCCAGGCCUGCCGUGGAGAUGAGACGGAUCGUGGGGUCGACCAGCAAGACGGGAAGAACCAUGAGAGAUCCCCUGAGUGCGAGGAGAGCGAUGCCAGUAAAGAGGAGGGGCUGAAGAUGCGACUGCCCACUCGCUCGGACAUGAUUUGUGGCUACGCCUGCCUCAGAGGGACCGCUGCCAUGCGCAACACCAAGCGGGGCUCCUGGUACGUGGAGGCCCUCACUCAGGUGUUCUGUGAGAGGGCCUGUGACAAGCAUGUGGCCGACAUGCUCGUGGAGGUGAACGCGCUCAUCAAGGAGCGUGAAGGCUACGCCCCGGGCACGGAGUUCCACCGAUGCAAGGAGAUGUCCGAGUACUGUAGCACUCUGUGCCGCCACCUCUAUCUCUUCCCGGGACACCCUCCCACGUGAUGCCACCUCCCAUCACCUGGGCCACAUGGAGGCCGCUGGACCACGGGAGGUGUGAUAGAGCCUCCUGUCUCUAGGACGCACGGUUUCUGUCCCUCCCCCUCAGGGAUUGGGAAUAUCCCAGGCUCAUUUCACACGCCCAUCGUCUCCAUCUUUGACCUCGGACUACAGGCCGGCUACUCCCAUGGGAGGCUCUCUCCCUGUGGAACCAGCUCCGGCUGGACUUGUUGCCUGGAGCGUUUGGCCUCAGUUGAGGGACCUGGCAAGUGAUGUUACGAACAUAGUGUCUCGAUGGGUGGGGAGAGGGCAUGUGGGUUUCCUCCAUGUUCGUGUUCAGUUUCUGCCCCCAGGGCUCUUGUAGGAAGCGUUUGGUGAUUGCUUUUAUUACUUUAGUUGAGAUGUCUCAGAGGUCAUCUCCCAUCUUUUCUGUCACAUCCCAGCCCCAUUUGUCUCAGAGUGAGAGUUUGGAAGGUGUCCUGGUUUAACAUAGACCUUUUUCAUUUGGUUUCAAAAGGCCAAGCAGGACAGCAGUCACUCUCUGCUGCUGUGGGUGGGCCCGUACCUGUGCAUUCAUUCCCUUCGGUUCCAGAAUGUCACCCCCCGGAAGGACUGUCUUCUCAACUCCACUCUUGGCUCCUUGGGGCUCAGGGAAUCCAGCGUUCAGCAGAGGUUAGGGUUUGGAUGCCUUGUAUCUGUUGCCUGUUGAUCUUUGCCCACGGAAGUUUCAAAGAUCUUUUAAUUGGUUGUCCUUUCUCUGAGCUUUGUACCUGAAAUGAGCCCUGCAGGGAGUGUCAGCAGAGGCAGAUAAGAGUGGUAUGCUUGUUCAUACUCUGUAAUCUGUCACCUUAUCCUCGUUUUUCUUCCUAUGAAGUGUCCCCUCUAUAAAAGCUUCCUAGUUAUCUCCCUGCUUCCUGUUUCUCCCCUCUUCACCUUCGUCUCAUCCUGUUUACUGCUGCCACCAGCUCUGUCUAAAAUACUGCUUAAUUGGAUCAUUUGGCUGCUCAAGGAUGUGAUGUAGUACCUUGUUCCCUCUUUCUGCUUCAGUAUUAAAUCCCCUCUUGAUUUUAUGUGGUCAAUUUCCCCUUCCUGUUAUGACUUUCCAUUUCAGGGAGACCACUGCUGUAUAUGUUAUUUGUUCACCCUAGAAGCCAUCUUUAUCUGUGCUUUUAUGAAACUUCCUUAUUCUUUUUUUUUUUUUUUUUUGCGGUAUGUGGGCCUCUUACUGCCGUGGCCUCUCCCGUUGUGGAGCACAGGCUCCGGACGCGCAGGCUCAGCAGCCAUGGCUCACGGGCCUAGCCGCUCCGCGGCAUGUGGGAUCUUCCCGGACCGGGGCACGAACCCGUGUCCCCUGCAUCAGCAGGCGGACUCUCAACCACUGCGCCACCAGGGAAGCCCAUUGGUUUGGGUUUUUAAGUAUAAAUCUGAUGCUGUUACUCCCCUGCUUGGAAUCCUCUGGUUUCCUAUCACACCUCAAAUAAAAUCCAGACUCUUUACCUUGGCCUGCAGGGCCUCACUAAGUGCUGAUUUCCCCGUAACCCACUGCUGUCCUCAGUUUCUCAGACAUUCUGAGGCCUUUCCUGCCCGAGGCCAUCAGACACUCCUGGGUCCACUGAGUCCACUCUUGUCUCUGGUGGCUUCUUUCUUUAUCCUUCAAGUCUGAGCUUAAAUGCCACCUUGUUGUGGAGGCCUUCCCAGGCCAUUCUGUCUCUAAGAAUCACGUUUCUUUAUUACUGUGUCCUGUUUAAUCCCCCUUAUUGCACUUAUCACAAUGCGUAAUCAUCAAUUAGCGUGCUUCACUUGUUCAUUCCCGUCUCCACUUUAAGCUCCAUGAGAGCAGAAACCUUCUCUUUUGUUCACUAACAUGUACCCAGUGCCUGACAUGUCUUGGAUCUUCAAUAAAUGUUUGCGGAAGGAAGGAAGCGACCCUGGCUAGACUCCUACUUUUUGACAAAAUUUCCCUUUUGGCAAAAUACCCAGUUUAGUACUUGUACUCUGUAUUUUCCCACGUUUUGUUUCAUCCACUCGUAUUAUUAGCUCCUGAAGACAGAAGUCGCACGUAGGACAACUUUUUCCACACCUCGUGUGGUUCCGGGCACACUGCUCAGCCUCUCGUGGUUCAGGUGCUCGGUGAAUACUUGUUCUGCAGGGCUUCGGAGACUUGUUGCCAAGUGCUGCCCUGGGCUCGGUAUCGUAUGGAAGUAUUUGGGUGACAGAACCCUUCCUCUUCCCACUGCCAGGAUUUUGUAUUGCCAUCUGGUGCCAAAUAAACGCUCAUAUUUAUUACCGA